CGUAGCCUCGUCUGUCUAACUGACUGCCUUUUCGCCUUUCGUCUGAGCCACACACUCUCUCUCACACUCUCUCGCUUCCCUCGAUCGUUUAUGCGCUGCUCAGCUAGAUAAAUGCCGAGACCUGUCGCUCGUUGAUCUGCUUGAUCUCUCGUUGUGAAUAGUUACGCGAAGUAAGCUGCUCGAUACGCGCGAGCGAGGGCUUGGGCGCAGAAGGCUCGUACGGCGAACAGACUCUACCGAUCGCUUCCACGUAUCCAUACAGACAUGGCCUCGAUCCUCCGACAAAUCGUCGCCGGGCCACGCGCACCCCACCCAGAAGCCGGCCUCGAUCUCUGCUACGUGACAGACCGAAUCAUCGCAACCUCCGGGCCCAGCGGCACCUACCCGCAGCGCGCAUACCGCAACCCGCUCUCCUCGCUCGUCAAAUUCCUCGACUACAAGCACACGACAAACUGGGCGAUCUGGGAGUUCCGCGCCGAGGGCACCGGGUAUCCGGAUGAGGACGUGUACGGGCGGGUCUGGCACUACCCCUGGCCGGACCACCACCCGCCGCCGUUUGCGCUGAUUCCGAACAUCAUGGCGAGCAUGCGGAAUUGGCUGCACGAGAGCGCAGACCGGGUAGUGGUGGUGCAUUGCAAGGCUGGCAAGGGGCGCAGCGGGACGGUGAGCUGCGCGUAUCUUGUGAGUGAGGAAGGGUGGGCGGUGGAGGAUGCGAUUGCGCGGUUUACGGAGCGGCGGAUGAGGCCUGGGUUUGGGGCGGGCGUGUCGAUUCCGAGCCAGUUGCGCUGGCUGUCGUAUGUGGACAGGUGGACGAAGGGCGGGAAGAGGUAUGUGGAGCGGCAGGUGGAGAUUGUGGAGGUGAAGGUGUGGGGCCUGCGUGACGGGGUCAAGAUUACGGUGGAGGGGUUCGUCGACGACGGCAAGCUGAUUAAGAACUUCCAUGUCUUUGGGCUGGAGGAGCGCGAGGUGACGCGCGGGAAGCUGAAGGACGGCACGGGGUUCGCGGGCGUGGUGGCAGACGUCAUGGGCCGCAGCAACAGCGUCAAGAAGAAGGCAUCACCAUCAAACCCAGCCGCCGAGCUACAGAAAAGCACAAGCGCCACUGCAUCCCUCAGUAACACCACCACUACUACAACCCCAGACCCAUCAGCCACCGCAGAAUACAUCGGCGCAGACGCAACCUUCACGCCCACCACCCCCGUCGUCCUCCCGACAAACGACAUCAACAUCGACUUUGAGCGCCGCAGCACGGCCGCCUACGGCCUCACAAUGGUCACGGCCGUGGCGCACGUCUGGCUCAACGCCUUCUUCGAAGGCCACGGCAGCGAACAAGCCGGCCGCGCCGACCCCGAGGGCGUCUUCGCGCUCGACUGGGACAAGAUGGACGGCAUCAAGGGCAGCAGUCGCAAGGGCGCGCAGGCAUUCGACCGCUUCGAGGUGCGGUGGAAGGUGCACGAUUUGGGUGGCGAGGUGGUGAUUGAUGAGCCUGCGGUGGGCGAGGAGGUCGGGCAGGCGGCGCCUGCGGACUGGCAUGGGAAUGCCCAGGCGGGCGAGGAGAAUGAGAAGGAUCUGGGGAUUCGCACCACGUCGCCGACGGGGCGGGAGGGGACGGGCAGCACGACGACGAUGAAGAAGGAGAAUAACAUGAUAGUGAGUGUUCCGCAGACGGGGAGCACGGGCAGUGACGGCACCAAGGCGCAUGGGGUGGUGGCAGAUGUUGCGGGUGAGAGCACGCAUGGAGAUGGGGAUGGAGACGGACAUGGACAUGGACAUGGACAUGAUCAUGUAUCGACAACGGACUUGCCGGGCGGGAGGCCGGAGGCGGAGAUGAAGACGGCCAAGGAGCAUUCGCUGGGGCAUCUCGGACGGGAGAAGAAGUGACAUGGAUGGACGGGGGAUAGGAUAGAACUGUGGCUGGAGCUGGGGCGUUGGAUGUGGCUGUGGCUAUGGCUGUGGCUGUGGCGGGUGGCGGUGCACCUGUUCGUCCAAUUACCUAAGGCACAGAACAAAGCAGUCUGAUAAGACAACAUGAUGCAAAAUUCCAAGAAUCCAAGAAUCCGAGAAUCCAAAAAAUAAAAUAAAAAUAAAAAUAAGAAUAAAAAUCCG